ACCGCGCGUCCAAUCGGCGGGACCCGGCCGCGCCGGCUGCUGGCUUCUGAUUGGCUGGAGCGGGCAGCGGGGGCCGGGCGAAGCCUCUGCGCUCGCUCGCACUUGGGGUGGCGGCCAAGGAGCCGGCGGGACUGUAAGGGGCGCCGGGUCGCGGAAGACUCAAGAAAUCACGAUGUCAACCAACACUGACCUUUCUCUUUCUUCAUAUGAUGAAGGUCAGGGAUCUAAGUUUAUUCGGAAAGCUAAGGAAACACCGUUUGUCCCCAUUGGGAUGGCAGGGUUCGCAGCAAUUGUGGCAUACGGGCUAUACAGACUGAAAAGCAGGGGAAAUACGAAGAUGUCCAUUCACUUGAUCCACAUGCGUGUGGCGGCCCAGGGCUUUGUCGUUGGAGCCAUGACUCUUGGUAUGGGCUAUUCCAUGUAUAAAGAAUUCUGGGCCAAACCUAAGCCUUAGAAGACGAGCUGCUGCCUUGGUCUGGGAAGUGCUUACUUUAGUUGACGUCUCAUAUUGAGGUUACAUGUUUGUGUCUACAAUAAAUAACAUGGGUUUAGACAAUA